GUCGAUACGAAAAUACCGAACUUCUCUUCCCAGCAGGUGAAAUUGUGCUUUAUGUGUCAGAACAAUGGAGAAAAUUUUAUGUAAUGUCCACGGCAACGUGUGUAUGUUAAAAACGGGCGUUAAAGAUGGACCAAAUAAAGGCAAGAGCUUCUACGUCUGCGUUGACAAGCAAGGCUGUGAUUUCACUCAUGUGGCCAGUGUCUCAGCAUCCCACUGCCUCCAGCAUGAAGAUUCGAUUGUGGAGCUCCAAGCUCUUACCUACAGUCUACAACAGCAGAGCCACAGGUUGUUCUACAGGUGCAUUACAGGGAAAAAAGCUGGCCAGAGGUGGUGUGGAAGCGUGCCUUGGACUGCACCAGAGAAAGAAAAGAGAAACCCUCUCUCUGACACACAGCUGCAGCCCUCUUGCCUGCCUCCUGUCCGAAACCCUUUUAAAGCCCCUGUCAAGACAGACAAGGAUUCUGAGUGGAGCAGGAUGCAGCGUGGAGGAGGUGACAAGAAAAGUGAGGAGAAAGACAGCGAGGCAAGAGAAGGUUGUCAGAAAGAAAAUGUGGCGAGCGUAGGUGCAAGAGCGGAAGAGAAGGAGAAAGGGAAGCUGGAUUCAUCAGAUUCUUACAGAGGCAAACAGCUUCCCCCGGGGAUGAAGUUAAAGAAGAGAGUUUCAGAUGAGGAGAGAAGCAGUCCCAAAGCUGACAGUGUGGAUAAGACUACAGAUAAAGUGCAAGACAAGGCCAAAGAGAACCACACUGAGCAGGGAGUAGCAGAAAAAACUAGCUCUACCUCCACUGUCAAGGCUGUCCAUCCUGUGAAAGUAAAUCAAACCUCACAAGAACCUCACAAGGGAUCGACCCAGCAACCAACCAGCGGUGAAACAUGUCAGGUGAAACAAACUGACCCUGCUGUGAAAGAGAGUGUCUCUAAAUCUGCACCCAGUAGUAGCCGCAGAGACUCGGAGAACACCAAGAACCCCACAACUACCAAACCAACACAGCCGGAGUCCAGUGGAACCAAAAUCCACCAAGAUGAUGAUGAUGAUGAUGAUGAUGAUGUAGUGGUGGUGUUGGUGAAACCUGCUACACAGAAAACUCCUCCUGUGUCUGCUGUCCAAAAGCCCCUGACUGCGUAUGCUGGGUUCCAGCCAGCCUCUAAGGUCAAAGGUCAGCAGGAUGGGCUGCGCACCAUGCUCACUGCUCAACUCCAACAGAAGAAGGCAACUCUGUCUGUGGUGAACGUGGCAGCUCUGCCAGAUAAAGGGGAGAGGUUGAGGACUCAGGUGAAAGAGCUGGAGGACGUACUGGAGUCUCUGAGUCUCACUGCUGCUUCUCAGCCUGGGUCUCAGAGUGGAGAGAACAGCAGUGAUGCUAGUCUGGGUAGCAAGCAGGUUAACCCAUUCAGCCGGCAGGGUGGCACCAUCCUGCUCCCAGCCCCCCCAGCCACGGGCCCCUACCAACACCAGGCCUCGGGCACCUCACUGGGGCUCCAGCUGAGCCAGGGAUACACCCAGAUGUAUGGAGCAAACCCACAGGUCCAUGCCUUUUACGGCGGCAGGAUGACUGAGGACCGUCUGCUGGCGGUGAAAAAUGCCACCUGCGAGGCCAUCGACCAUCUCCACAAAUCCCUGGAGUCCUGCCCCGACGCUGAGGCCGAGGCUCCAGACCCCAAAGGCAUCAAGGUUACGCUCCUGGCCCAUCAGAGGAGAGCUCUGGCCUGGCUGCUCUGGAGAGAAGCCCAGAAUCCCUGUGGAGGAAUCCUGGCGGAUGACAUGGGUCUGGGGAAAACCCUGACCAUGAUCGCUCUCAUACUGGCCAAGAAGAUCAAGGCGAAAGAGGAAGUUGAGAAGAAGGAAGAGAAGAAGGAAGAGAGCUGGAUCUCCAAAACUGACUCCAGCCUCGUGGUUUCUAAAGGCACUCUGAUCAUCUGUCCUGCCUCCCUGGUCCACCACUGGAAGAGGGAGAUUGAGAGACAUGUGAAGACAAGCAGGCUGAGUGUGUACCUGUACCACGGCCCCAACCGUGAGAGAAGUGCCAAAGUGCUGGCUGACUAUGAUGUGGUGGUGACCACAUACAGUUUGGUCUCUAAAGAGAUUCCAGUCCAGAAGGAGGACGCUGAGAAACCCAGCAAAGAUGAUACUGAUGUUGUGCCACCACGCUCUGCUCCUCUUCUGCGAGUGACCUGGGCCCGAGUGAUUCUGGACGAAGCCCACAACAUCAAAAACCCAAAGGUGCAGACCUCCAUGGCAGUCUGUCAGCUGAGGGCUCGGGCCCGCUGGGCUGUCACCGGUACACCCAUCCAGAACAACCUGCUGGACAUGUACUCACUGCUCAAGUUUUUGCGUUGCUCUCCAUUUGAUGAGUACAAACUGUGGAAAGCUCAGGUGGACAACGGCUCAAAGAGAGGCAGAGAGAGACUCAACAUCCUGACCAGGUGUUUGCUGCUCCGACGCACCAAAGACCAGCUGGACUCCACAGGAAAACCACUGGUGUCUCUUCCUGAUCGGACCUGCGAGGUGCAUCAGCUCAAACUGUCCCAGGAUGAACAGGCCGUGUAUGAUGUGGUCUUUGCCCAAUCCAGAUCUACUCUGCAGAACUACCUGAAGAGACACGAAGGAAAUGAUGUGAAAAAGGGAAACGCUUCCAGCUCCAACCCUUUUGACAAAGUUGCCCAAGAGUUUGGUAUGUCCCAGGCCGACCCUGCUUUGUCGAGUUCCCAGCAGCCUCAGCAGGCAUCUAGCACCGUCCACAUCCUGUCCCUGCUGCUGCGCCUCCGACAGUGCUGCUGUCACCUGUCACUUCUUAAGAAGACUCUCGACACAACGGAGCUGCAGGGCGACGGGAUCGUCUUGUCUCUGGAGGAGCAGCUCAAUGCUCUGUCGCUGUCCUCCAGCCCCUCGCCGUCAGACCCCAAAGACACCGUGGCCCUUAAUGGCACUCGCUUCUCCUCACAGCUGUUUGAGGACACCAGUGAGAGCACCAAGAUUUCUGCUAUUAUCUCUGAGCUGAAGGCGAUCAGACAGAAGGGCACCGAUCAGAAAAGCGUGAUCGUGUCCCAGUGGACCAGCAUGCUCAGCAUUGUAGCAGUUCAUCUGCAGAGGAUGGGCCUGAGAUACGCCGUUAUCGACGGGUCCGUGAACCCCAAACGCCGCAUGGACCUGGUGGAAGAAUUCAACAACAACCCUGACGGACCGCAGGUGAUGCUGGUGUCUCUUUGUGCUGGAGGGGUCGGACUCAAUCUCAUCGGUGGGAAUCACCUCUUCCUCAUUGACAUGCACUGGAACCCAGCCUUGGAAGAUCAGGCCUGUGACAGAAUCUACAGAGUUGGACAAAGAAAAGACGUCACCAUCCACAGGUUUGUGUGUGACGGCACAGUGGAGGAGAAGAUCUCAACACUGCAGAUGAAGAAGAAGGAGCUGGCCCAGAACGUGUUGUCAGGAACAGGAAGCACCGUCUCCAAACUCUCCCUGGCUGAUCUCAGGAUCAUCUUUGGUGUCUGAGAUGGAGGAGGACCAUCAGACCCACAGCUGCAACACCAGGCAGCUGUUCAUACACACAGUAUAUUCAAAACUUAGGGUAUUUAAGCCUGGAAAAUCUUGAAAUUACUCAGAUAGACUGAGGUAAUAAAUGACAUGAAUCUAAGAUGCUGGAGAGCUUAUUAUUCCACCAUGUCAUGACAGGUUUUUUUCCUCUUUUAGCUAAAUUAAGAACAGCAUUUCAGUUGGUAUUUGAUUCAUCCUAAAGCUCUAUAACAUUAUCUGAGCAUCUCUAUCUUGAGCAUCUUUACUUCCUCCAACAGCCACUACACCACUCUUGUGGAGUUACACUAAACUGCAGAUGCAACAUACUAUGCAACAUUUUAUGCGGCUACAAAUGCAGACACUGUUGCGUCCACCUCAGCCUGAAAUAUAAGUUGAUGCCCACUAAAAUCAUAAUGCAACUUCUGUUUACGCGACAAUGCCUGUGUCUGAGUUCCAAUGCCAUAUCUGACACACAGGUUAGGACCUCUUAAACUCCUCAUCUUUUGGUCCAUUGAUGCUUUAUGGCACUUUUUGUGUUUAUGGCAUAUGCUGCAGUAAGUGUGGCAAAUAAUUAAGUAACAUUUUUAAAUGCAUGUGUGUAUGUUUUCCAGUUUCUUAUUAUUUUAUUAUGUUAUAUUUCAAAGUUAUUUUAAGUGAAGCAGAUAUUUCCAUAUAUUUGUGUCUGAUGGAGUUUAUUUCCUGUCCUCUUUUUACAUGCCUUUUAAAGUAUUGUAUGUGUGUUGAAUUGAUGAUGUUUGAAUAAAUUCAGAUGAAGACA